CUAGGAUCUAUGUUUUUUAGUGUUUGGAGUGGUUUGCGGGGAAUUGGUAAUCACAGAAGCAGCAGCUUAGUACAGUGUGCCAUGCAGUGUAUUUAAAAUAUUGAGAUAGUGGUUACAUAAUAAGCCAGGGAGGCUGUUUCUUAGGUCUAAAUUGUUUCUUGGGAAUGUAGAAGAAGUAAAGAAGUAUAUUAAUAGAUUAAGAUACCAGUUCACGGAGCUGGAUGAGAAAAAUCUCUGCUUGAGUGAAAACAUUUAAGGAUUAUUUCUUUUAAGCAUUUAAGCAUUAUUUCUGUCUGAACCCCAGUGUACCAUGAAAAACUGAGGCAAGACAGCCUGCCUGCCUGCCAAAUGAUGGGGGACGUCGGAGGGGCCACUGGUCCUGUAUGAAAAAGGUGGCACCUUGGAUUUUAAAAAAUGAAUGUUGGACCUGUGUGUGUUAUUUGACCAGGUUCUUAAAAAUACUUAAGGAAAAAAAAAAAAUUGAAGUGGGUUUUAUCUAGUAUACUGAAUUGGCCUACAAUACAUGGUAGGGGAAUUUUAUAUAGUAUUCCAUUGGGAGGUAACCUGUACUUUGGAGCUUUUAAGAUCAUUGUUUUGGGAGGUGGGGAGGGGGAGGAAUCUGCCAUGUUGCCACUUGUGUCAGGCUGCAGAUGGCCCAUGAAGGUGGUUUGUUAGGUCAUUCAGGAGGGAGAUGCUUAGGUAUGUUUUCGUUUUCAGAACGGUUUUGGUUUAAUAAGUAAUUGUUGAAUUCCUUCUGCUGCAUGAGACACAGGGAGAGAUAUGUAAAGAAUUGGUAAAGAAUGCUUCUUUUGCAGAGUUGAUUGCUAGGAGGGAUAGCUUUGCUAAAAGACAACUCUAGGCUAAAGCAGAUUUUUCCAUGCUAAAUAUGUGGAACCAGUAAUAAAGGGGUAAACCUAAAAAGAUGUAAGAUCUAUUGCAUAGAUCAUCUAGAGUCCUGACUUUGAGCCUAAAGUUAGAGAAUUACAUGCUAGGUGGAAUUGAUGGAACUUGUGCACCUAUGAUUUAUGUUUUAGAAAUAGAUGUUAAACUUGGGUUUGAAUGAAAAAUGUCUCUCAAUCCAUCUAUAUUUCUCAAAGAAAAGGAAGAAAAUAAUUCAAAAUUUGUAGAAAUACAGCACUCACGAACUACUUCCAUAGCUGCAGAAGAUCCUUUUCAAAACUUAUGCUUAGCAUCUCAAGAAGUUCUUCAAAAAGCUCAACAAAGUGGAAGAUCAAAAUGUCUCCAAUGUGGUGGUUCAAGAAUGUUCUAUUGCUAUACAUGUUAUGUCCCAGUUGAAAAUGUACCUAUUGAACAGAUGCCACUUGUGAAGCUUCCACUGAAGAUUGACAUCAUUAAACAUCCAAAUGAAACAGAUGGCAAAAGUACUGCUAUACAUGCAAAACUAUUAGCACCUGAAUUUGUAAAUAUUUACACGUAUCCUUGUAUUCCAGAAUAUGAAGAAAAGAACCAUGAAGUUGCACUUGUUUUUCCUGGACCUAAGUCUGUCUCAAUAAAAGAUAUUUCUUUUCAUCUACAAAAAAGGAUUCAAAAUAAUGUUAAAGACAAAAAUGACGACCCCGACAAGCCAUUUAUUAAACGCAAGAAAACUGAAGAACAGGAUUCGAAUGACAGCAAGUGCCAAGACACAACACUGAAAAAAAUUAUAUUUAUAGAUAGCACUUGGAACCAAACAAACAAAAUAUUCACUGAUGAGAGACUUCAAGGACUGUUACAAGUUGAGUUGAAAACAAGAAAAACUUGCUUUUGGCGCCAUCAGAAAGGAAAGCCAGAUACCUUCCUUUCCACAAUUGAAGCCAUUUAUUAUUUUCUGGUAGACUACCACACUGAUAUAUUAAAAGAGAAAUACCAAGGACAAUAUGACAAUCUCUUAUUUUUCUACUCUUUUAUGUACCAAUUGAUAAAGAAUGCCAAAUGCUCUGGAGACAAGGAAACAAGAAAACUUAUCCAUUAGUUUUUAAGAAGCUACUAUGUCAUUUUAUUUUGCUAAAGAUCAAUAAACCUAAAUUGUGCUUUCUUUA